AUGAGCAAGAUGCACGACAAGGUAGCGGCAGGCAGUCCGAAGGCUCCGGCCAGAGGGACAAUCGACGAGCUGAUCAAGAUGAACGUCAGCGACAUGACGGCCGAACAACGAGCGCGGUUCGAGACAACGAGAGAGCACGAGUUCUACAGCUACUACGAGCCCAUCCGAGCACUCGCCACCACCGAGAUGGACUGGACCGACCUGAAUUCAGACGCGGCCGUCGCGAACCACGUCCCCCUACCCUCGCCCGACAAGGCGCUGACGGCCUUCUGUCAACUCGCCGCCAUCCGCCUCAAGAUGCGCCGCGCCAUGAUCUUCUUCUUCGACAGCGCAUACGCCUAUGUGCUUGCAGAGGCCACGCGCACCCUGUCUCUGCACGACGACGUCGACUUUGACGACGACCAGGAUGCGCUCUGGCUGGGAGCAACAAAGAUCCCCAGAGGCUUUUCCGUCUGCGAACACACGGUCAAUCUGCCCAGCAAUGGCGGCACGAAUGCCGAAAACGACGACUCGCACAUGAUCCAUAUUAUCAACAACCUUAGCGAGGACACGCGUUUCUGCAACCGGCCCUACGUUGUCGGCGGUCCGCGAGCCAGAUUCUACGCCGGCGUGCCCAUCUCCACUCCACGCGGCUUGAAGAUUGGCGCCUUUUGUGUUUUGGACGACAAGACGCACGAGGGCCUGUCUAAGAAGGAGGUCGGCUUCAUGCAAGACAUGGGCGCUGCCGUCAUGAGCCACAUGGACAUGAUCAAGGCAAAGGUCGAGCAAAAGAGGGGAACCGACAUGGUUGCCGCCCUUGGCCAGUUCACCGCCAGCGAGUCGAGUUUGCGCCGUGAGACCACGACCGACAACGAGCGCCCACAGAUCCACCACGACCUUUCUGCUUCCUCGUCUCUCCUCACCAUUGGUAAUCUCGACUCGCUCGCCCAGAAGCUGCCCACGCCGCGUCGACAAUCCUCUGGCAACAAAGAUCGCCCGCGACACAAGUCGCGCGACCAAAUCACAAACAUUCGGGAAAGAUCUCCUCGUGCUCAGAGACCUUCGUGGUUUGCCAAGAACAGGGCAAGAUCCGACAUGUCUGUCUAUACUGAAUCGAGUGCCAUCGACGACGGCAACCCGGCCGACUGUUCGUCCGAUGAGGCUAGGAUCCACCCUGCCGAACAAACCACAAACGAAGUCAUGCAAUCUGCCUCUGCCUUGAUCCGGAAGGCAGUCGACGCCGACGGCGUCUUGUUCCUCGAUGCUGCUGUGACUGGCUUCGGCAAUCUCGUCAACAGCUCUUUCCUGGAGGCCUCUUCCGACACUGAUGCCGAUGCGACAGCAAGUGGUACUGAUGGCCACCAGACGAGCGAGGGUGAAGAUACUCAGCCUCAUCUUCCCAACGCUGAUGAUCAGCCAUGUCCAAUCCUUGGCGCUUCCUAUGCAGCCCGCGAGGGCGCUGUGCCUGGACCUGAAGGUCGUCGUGAGCUGUACGAACAACUCACUCCCGACUUCUUACGAUUCGUCCUCCGCCGUUUCAGAGGUGCCAGGGUCUGGAAUUUCAAUGAACAUGGUGACGACUAUCUAGACGAACAGGCCUCCGAAAGCAACAGUGCUUCGGAGGGUGGUCACGCGCUUUCUCAUGCAAAACCAAACACUGCAUCACUUAGACGCAAGAGUCGCAAGAAGUCACUGAGACGAGACCCCGGCAAGCAGCUUGCUGCCGCCUUUCCGGGUGUACGUAGUCUGAUGGUAUUGGGACUUUGGGACCCCCAACGAAACCAGUGGCGUGCUGGUUGCGUCAUCUGGUCCUGCACACCGAUGCGCAUGUUCUCCGUCGAGGGCGAAAUGCACUAUCUUACUGCAUUCUGCGAUGUCAUAAUGGCCAAACUGGCCCGCUUGGACGUCGAGGUUGCUAAUAACGUAAAGUCAGACUUCAUAUCGUCAAUUUCUCAUGAGUUGAGAUCGCCUCUGCAUGGAAUUCUAGGCACAGUCGAAGUUUUGCAAGACCAGCCUGUAGACAAUGAUACUGCUCAGAUGAUCUCACAAAUAGAUACUUGCGGGCGCACUCUACUGGAUAUUGUUGAUCACCUGCUGGAAUUCUCUCGGAUCAACGUGCUCACCAAACACACUGGCUCAAAGACACGCGCAGACCCGAGGCAUCUUUAUGCGACACCCGGCAGUGGCAACGGCAGUGAUGGCGAUGUAUCAUCGCUCGAGGCUGAUGUCCCUCUGGAUACUGUGACAGAAGAAGUCGUUGAGUCUGCAGUCUAUUCUUUCUGUUGUUCCAAGGAUCAACGCACUCUCAGUGAGAGAAACGUGACCGUCUCAAUCAACAUUGAGCGGCAUCCUGACAUCUCCUGGGGUUGCAAGGUGACCACUGGUGCCUGGAAGCGUGUUGUGGUCAACUUGGUCAACAACGCCUUGAAGUAUACCUCAGAAGGAUCAAUCAACGUGUAUCUCACUAUCCUACCACCCAGUGGCAACAAGCUUGGCCGCCCCAUCGCUCAAUUAUCCGUCGUGGAUACUGGUAGAGGAAUGUCGAAAGACUUCCUGCGAACUAAAUUGUUCCGGGCUUUCAGUCAGGAAGAUGACUUGACCGAAGGCACUGGUCUUGGAAUGAGUAUGGUUGCCCGCAUUGUCAAAGCCUGGAAAGGGAAAGUCAACGUUCGAAGCACCAAGGGUCAGGGGAGCAUGGUCAGCGUGACGAUGCCUAUGAAGCUCACGCGAAAGUCGAAUAAUGCCGAGCUCGAUGAGACUCGACCUGCGUCUCCAACUAAUGCCUUGGCUGGACUUUCCGUACACGUUCUGGGUUCACCUCAAGUCUUUGACCGUGAUCUCAUUGCCGCCGGUCGUUAUCAACAACAUGUAGCACUUGUCAAGAUGUGCUCUACCAUGGGAUUGCGGUGUGCUGGACCUAGCUGGCAACAUGUCGACGGCAAAGAUUUUGCAAUCGUUGCGGAGUGUGAUUUGCCGCACCUUGUGGCCAUGUUGUCAGGCGCUCGCAUCGCGCAGAGUGCUGAUGAAAAGAUAACUGUUGAUUGUCUGCGAGGCAAGCCUAUCGUUGUGCUUUGCAGGGAUUAUAUCUCAGCUAGAACGUUGCGAGGCUCUCAGAUUGAGCAGCUAGUACGUGGGAGGGUCGAAUUCGUCGCCCAACCAUGUGGGCCUAACAGACUUGCAUCUGUGAUUCAUCGCAUACUCGAGCCGUCAAACAAUGGAGGAACUUGGUUAUCUAGGCCACACACUCCUUUGACACCCAACACACCAUCAGAAGCGCCAACACCUCGGUUUGAUACCUGGCGCGAAUCUCAUUCAUGGUCCGGAGCGUCAUCGCCUAACGAAUCCGAGACUACCCGCAGAUCGACGCUGCGAAGUCGUCGUACGUCCAACGAAAAUCAUCCUCCAGUUGUGAGCAUAGUCCAGCCCCAGGCCAGCCCAGAAACAGCAGCCGAUGGAACAGACGUGGUGACACCAAAAGCCGAAGCUUCAGCAAUACUCGAAGUCGCGCCCAACGCCUUGAACGCCGCCAAUCUGGCAACACUUGAGCCACUCCCAGCAUCAAAGGAAAGAAAUCAGAGUGUAGUGACAAUGGCUAGCAUCGCCCGAGAUGGCGUAAAGCCGUGUCUACUUCUCGUAGACGACAACCCAAUCAACCUACAACUCCUCGUCACAUACGCCAAAAAGAACGGUCAUGCAAUGCUCAAAGCGGAUAAUGGUCAGAAAGCCUUUGACACCUACAAAGCCGCGCAUAAAAGUGGAGUAGAUCGACCAGAAGUCGUGUUGAUGGAUAUCUCCAUGCCGGUGAUGGAUGGCUUCGAAGCCUCGAGACAAAUACGAGCAUUUGAAAGGGGCGAGAAGAUUAAGCCUGUGGUCAUCAUUGCGUUGACGGGGUUGGGAAGCUCAGAGGCACAGCACGAAGCCUUCAUCUCGGGCAUCAAUCUCUUCUUGACGAAACCGGUCAGACUGAAGGAGUUGACGAGGUUGCUGGGCACGAUCAAGGAUACUUUUGGGUAG